AUGGGGAUCACGAUCACCAGCCCCGUGACGCCCGGGCAGGUGCGGGGAUUUUCCGAUCUGAAUGUGUAUAUUAAUUUUUCCAUACCGCUCUCUGCGUGCGUAUUUUUGGGGCUGGAGGCGGAGUUUCGGUAGCGUGGGCUCAUUGAUGCAGUACGAUAUGAUUUGAAUGCUAUAGACUGUAUCAUUUAUCUUUGUGGGCGAUGGAGGCCUUUCCACCUGCCAUGAACGGUGCUCUUUUGCAGGGGCAUCCUAUCGUUCUAUCAGAGGCGGCAAGAUCUACUGAAGUAGAUUGUGACCAUUUUAGAUGCAUUGGCUGCUGCAUUUAAUCUUUCUUCUGUCCAUUUUGGAGGAUCAUUUCCUUUUUCUUGUUCUCGCCACACAUUGCCUGAUAAUUAUAGCAUUAUAUUUCUUUUUUUUAAUCCAAUGGCUUAUUUUCAGAUGAAAGCAUUUGGCAGCAUUCCGAAUUCUAUUUUGGGAUUUACCCAUUGACUUCUUAGUUGAACUGCCGCAAAAAAUGGCGGCUGAUUUCUUAGUCUCUGUAUUUUUAUACUCAUUCACCCAGCUGGUUCAGCGAUUUUUGUCUCUCAUGACAGAUGUCCGUUUUCAUCGGGAUCAUCCUCGUCUGGGUGGCGUGGCUAUAUGCAGAAUGGCUGGAGUACAGAAAGAACUCAGGAGCAUCGAAAAUGUCAGUUCAUGGGUGUUCAUAGUCACCAUUGGCGUUUUGAUGCAAAUAAUGUUUACUUUUUUCAUAUGCUUGACCAGAAAAUUUCUUUCCAUAUUAAAUUUUUGCUUAGUACCGUGAACAAUAUUUCACCAGUAUGACAAGCUUACAAGAUUUCUUCUCACUCAAGACUCCUGUUGUAUGUGUGUAUAUAAUGUAUUUAGGCAAAUCCCUUCCAAUAAUAUAAAAUAAUUCACAUGAAAUAACUUAUUUUGAUAACGUUAAUGAGACCUGAUUCUUGCUUUUAGUAUGAGUGGCAGGGUCUUUAGUAAAACACUCGGACAGAAAAGAAAGCAUGCACAAAACAGAGAUGGCGAUUUAGGGAGAGCAUUAGAGGAUUCUGAACUGUACCCCAGUUAUGCAACGUUUAAAUGCUGGAAAAUUUGAAUCAGUCCGCGAGCUCUCAACCAUAGCCAGUGCCGAAUCUAUUGAACAUAUAAGAAUCUUGUCCUCGAAGAGCUCCAGAGGAGUAUCCCAAACGAUCAAAUCUCUGCAACCCAAGCUUACCACUCAAAACGUUCUACAACAUGAAGGUUGUUCCAGUGAAUAUAAUUUGUGCAGUUUCGUAUCCAUAAAAUCGAUGGCCGUUUAGAUUAGAUUCACCCAUAAAAGAAAAUUGGAUCAUAAUUAAUUAUGUCCGAAAUUCCAGUGUAUUGAUAAUCAAUAGUGAACUGUGUAAAAUGUUUGCAUCUAUUGAUCUUGAUUACACGACCGUUCCUAGAUCCAGUAAUGACGAAAUUGUUGAUCUUGAACGUUUAGUCACGAGUGAGGUAGUAGUUAGAUGGAAUGUAAAAUGUGACUAUAAUAUGGAUGUUUGUGAUCAUUUUACUCGGCAUAACUUCUGGUAGAUUUGGCAUCAAGUUGGUACAAAGAGCCUUGAAAUGAUACCUAACCUUUUUUGAUAAUUUAUUCUUCAUUCGCAUAUGAUAACAUGUACAGACACAUAUAACAGGAGUUCUAUGCUGACAUUUCAGGUAGUCCUAUGCUGUUGCCAAUUUCCAUUAUUAAUACAGCCAGAUCAUUUUCUGUACUUAAAUUACCAUUUCCUGAGCGGUAAAAAGAAGAAAACCAGAAAAUCGGCAAGAUGACGAAAAGAAAAUUCAAUCGACCAUUUACAUGAAAACUUUAGAUAUUUCCUUUUUGAUGAUCCAUUUUUCUUUCAUGGACGGCAGAGUCACCAGGGAUGAACAAGCACUUUUAUUGGAAGGAGAUCCAGGGCAAGCAGCAAACCAAGGCCACAUCUCAUCCAUAAAGAGCACCCUGAGAAGGUCUGUUUCUGCUCUUAUGCCAUUCAUAUAAAUUGAAAAAAUAUUUGCAAAUGUUUAUAAGUGAGUUCCUUCAGAUUCUUGCUAAUGGAUAACUCAAUCUUCAUAGACAACCGGGAAACGUUGAUAGCAAUGUAAGUGGAAUACAUGUAGAAAUUGAUUUGGGUGAUUUCAGAUUUCAUCUACGAAGAUAAUGGUUGCACAUUGUUUCAUUCAGGUCUGAAUUGGGACUUUGGCUGGCUUACUUCUACUUGAGUGAUCGCACGGAUUUCUUCGGGCAGUCUAGCAAGGUGAUCUUUUACUUCUCCGAAAGACUGAACCACAAUCAUUCACUAAACAGCAUGGAAAGAACUUGGAUUAGCUUCUAUGUUUGACUUAUGCAUUGUCACGAAGUUAUUUAGACCUAGUUUGGCAGCGAGAAGGCUCAAUCUUAAUUGUUACUAAAAAAAAAACUUAAGAGCAGCUCAAUGGGGUCCAGACCGAGGCUGAACAAAGGAUUCCUUUCAGCACUGGGUCCUUGAUCUGAUGUCAUUUUGAGAUAAAUAAAAAUAUUGAAUACCAAAUAUAGAAUGGAGAUGGGAUACCAAAUAUAAGAUACCAAGGAAGAAGAGAUACUAGAGAUCUCCCUCGAAGUGGGUUUAUUUUACUAGUUUAUUUAUUUAUUUAUUUUACUGGCAAUUGGGUUGGCAUCACAUCCAGGCUUGAUCCCAGCCCUACAAGCGCUGCGUAUAGGGAUCCAGUAGUGAGAAAGAACACAGUAGCUACGAGACGUUUUCUCACCUAUGAUAGAUUUGAUGUCAACUCUAUAUUCUAAAGACAUUUUUCUUAGCAUUUAUGUUCUGCCACUUCAAUUCUCUUUGUGAUGCCAUUCGUACACCGACCCAUUGUCCUUCUUGUUUCAGAGUUACAGCCGCGAUCUCUUCCUGUUCCUCUACUCCGUUCUUGUGAUUGUUGCCGCUGUAACCUCUUUCAAGCUUCUCAACGACAAGUACCCAUUGUUGGGGAACUCAAUGCUCUACCUGAAUAGGCACCAGACUGAGGAAUGGAAGGGGUGGAUGCAGGUCCGUCCUUUGAUACCGUUGACUUCUUAUUUUAGAAUGGAAGAAGAUCAUAUUUUGGGGAAGUGAGUUCUUGCUUGCAUGACAUUAUGGGUCAUGAUUCGAGCAAAAUACUUUCCUUUUCAGGUAAUGUUCCUGAUGUACCACUAUUUCUCUGCAUCGGAGAUCUACAAUGCCAUCCGCAUCUUCAUCGCGAGUUAUGUGUGGAUGACAGGAUUUGGGAACUUCUCCUACUACUAUGUCCGAAAGGACUUCAGCCUCACGCGGUUCGCUCAGGUCAACGCCUCCCCUUUCUGAUGGAUUUCCCAAUUUGACUGCUGUGUCUCUUCACCCCCCCAAUGCGUUGACUGACCUAUCGGGCUUCUUUUUCACCCCCAUUGACCAGAUGAUGUGGCGGCUGAAUUUCUUUGUCGCUUUCUGCUGCAUCGUCCUCGACAAUGACUACAUGCUGUAUUAUAUCUGCCCCAUGCACACCCUCUUCACUCUCAUGGUCUACGCUGCCCUUGGGAUCAUGAACAAGUACAACGAGGUGGGGCUGGUCAUCGGGACCAAGAUCGCUGCCUGUUUCCUGGUCGUGGUCGUUGUCUGGGAGAUCCCUGGAGUAUUUGAAUGGGUGUGGAGCCCGUUGACUUUCAUCCUUGGUCAGUCCUCUCACUACUCCGCACAAUUCGAGGGGUUCUUCAAUGGGCGCGGUGGAACCCGUUGGCUUUCCUCCUCUGCCUGACUCAUUGUUUUCAGCGUUACAAGUGCUAUGCCCUCUGAUUACCAGACAAGAUUUCAGGGUUCUUGCCUGAAUGGGGCGUGGUGCAAAUCGUUGACUUUGCACCUCAGUCAGUCUCCUUGUUUUCACCUUUACAAGUGCUAUGCCCUCUCAUUAUGAGACAAAAUUUCGGGGUUCUUUCUUGAAUUGGUCGUGAUGGAGCCCAUUGACUCCUCUUUUACACCCAGUUCCUCUGUUUCUCUGUAUCCGCCAUUGAUUUGUCAUUAAUUUUCUCACAAUUCUCAAAAAAAAAAAAUUAAUGGGUGUUAGGAGUCCGUUGACUUUUUUCCUUCAGUCGGUUCCUUCAUUUCUCUUUAUUUAUCCAUCCAUGCUUGAUUCCUCAUUAAUUGCUUCACACGACGCUGAACUUUUCAAACGUGUGCAGAGCCCGUUGACUACCCCUGUUGGUCAGCCCCCUCCUCUCUCUUCAUCUCUGCUUGAUUUCUCAUCCUCUUGACUUUCCACGGCAGGUUAUACCAAUCCAGAUCCCCUCAGCAAGAGGUACCCCGCCAUACACGAGUGGCACUUCCGGUCGGGCCUUGAUCGUUAUAUCUGGAUACUGGGAAUGAUCUACGCUUACUUCCACCCCACUGUAAGUCCCAAGGAUUUUCAAGAACAAAUCCAGCCUCAUGAUGAUGAUGAUGAUGGCAAUGAUGAUGAUGAUGGCAAUGAUGAUGAUGAUGAUGAUCCUGAAUCUCUCAGGUUGAGAAGUGGAUGGAGAAGUUGGAAGCAUCCCAAGCGAAGAUCAGGGUCACGGUCAAAGCCGCCAUUGUGGCGAUCUCGCUACUGGUAAUCUUAGACUAUUUUUCAUAUCGAAAAAGUUUAUAAAUAUAAACAAAAAUUUAGACUAUUUUUUAGUUAUUUCAUCCUUUUUUGGCAUGAAUGCAGGCGCUAUACUUCUGGUAUGAAAGUAUAUACAAACUAGAUAAGUACACCUACAACAGAUAUCAUCCCUACACUUCAUGGAUCCCAAUCAGGUAGAAAUCUUCUUUUUUCUGUUCUCCUUCGCCGCUCAUUUUUCUGGCUGACCCCCGCUUUCUCUCUCUCUCUCUCUCUCUUAUGGCCAGCGCUUACAUCUGUCUGAGGAACGUCACCCAAAAGCUCCGGAGAUCCUCGUUGACCCUCUUCGCGUAAGUGGGCCCCAAUCUCCUCACCAUGACUAAAAUAUAAACAUAAAUAAUUAAUUCAUUAAUUAAUUAAGUAAUGCUGGUUAUGGUGUUCGUCUUCUGUAGGUGGCUGGGCAAAAUUACCCUGGAGACCUACAUCUCUCAGUUCCACAUCUGGCUGAGGUACGCCCAUUUCUCUCUCUACAGCCCUGGAUGUGUCAUUGAUCUUUGUGGGCCAUCAUAGAGCCAAUACCCGUUGACUGCAGGUGCGGGGUGCCCAACGGUCAGCCGCGGCGUCUCCUCUCCCUCCUCCCCGGUUAUCCGAUGCUGAACUUCCUCCUCACCACCGCCAUCUACAUCUCGGUGAGCUCUUCCUCUCUCUCUCUAUACCUUACGCUUUAUACGUGCGUUAUUCCUGCAAAAAUCACGAAGAUGGACCUGAAGUCAGGCCCAUAGAAUCCCCUUCAAAGCCCCCUUCUAUCUCACUCUCUCACUACACCUCAAGAUCAUUCUCUAUACGUGCAUUCUCUCCUCGCCAUCAUUCUCUACACCUCAAGAUCUCUCUCUCUCUCUCUCUCUCUCUCUCUCAUGAAUCGGUUGGCUUCUCUGGGCAGGUCUCGUACCGGAUAUUCGAGCUGACCAACAAGCUGAAGGCGGCGUUCGUGCCAAGCGGGGACAGCCGGCGGCUGCUGUACCACGUCGCCGCCGCGGGCGCCGCCUCCGCCGUCUUGUAUCCUCUCUCUCUCUUCCUCCUCGAGGUCACAUCAGUACCCACUUGA